CCGCGAGCUUAGUCGUUUUGGAACUUUUCACGCGUUCGCUGCCUCAGUCUUUCGUUUUUCAUUUCGUUUAUCCAUCCCGCUUCACAAUGAAAUACGCUGUGAUUGCCAUCGCCUUGUUUGCGAUUUCUGCCGCUGCGGCCUCUUCCGCUGGCCAGUUCUUGCCGCGUGCCUUCUUCACCUUGGACUCGGAGGGUCGCCCAUCGGAUGUCCACCCCGUGAAUGGCCAUCUGCUGAGGCGUCUGCGUCGCCAGCUCUACAGUUCGUCGUCAUCAUCAUCCUCCUCAUCGUCCAGUGGAAGCGGCGGCGUCGUCACCUAUGCCUCGCACUCCGUUCAAAAUGCGGACGGCACCGUUCAUUCGGGUCAAUCUUACAUCCAGCAGGCUGGUCCAGUGCUUGGUGGCCUGUCCUUCGACGACAACUAUUAUUCCAACUACAAUGGCGUGGCCUCCAGCAGCACCAGCAACGGACUGGGAAGCACCACUAGCUACCAGCAGAGCUCCGGCGUCGGAGCCGUGCCCACCACCCAAAUCCAGCAAAUCGUGUCCACCGUGGAUGCCAAUGGCCACCAGAAGGUGACCAACAUCCAGGGUGUCACCGAUCAGUCCGGCGUUCUUAACAUCAAGAAGACCGAAGUCUCUUAUCCCUCCCAAUAGAACAUAGGUUUUUUCGAGUGUAUACUUUAAUAAAUUAAAGUAAAGUAAAUUAA